AUGGCCGGCAACAAUCAGAACAACCAACAGUUCGAAAUCGACUGUUUCGUACGCCACAGAGUCAACAGAAGAGAAAGGACAGUCAAAAUUCUCGUCAAGUGGGCAGGCCACAGUGAACUAACAUGGGAACCCGAGGCCGUCUUGCAAGAAACCGCUGGCCGCACACUGUAUAGUUACUGGAGCGACCGCGGUGGCCGUGGGCGCGCGACACGCCUACGAGAGUAUCAUGUUUUCAGGAUCCUUGCUAAAGGUUGGGAUAGAGGAUACUCGACCUCGGGCGACGAUACAACCUGGGAGCCUGAAAUCAAGGUGAUGAGGAUUGCUCCGGCCGCGGUGGCAGAGUGGGAUGCUAGUCAAGCAGCAGCUAAUCAGGCAGCACGUAAUCAAGGAGCGACUAAUCAGGCAUCGGCUAACCAGAACGCUCCAGCGGCGAAUCCUUAG